AUGCCGGCCGCCGAAUCGCCUGUCGUGUCUUCAGAAUCCGGUCUUGUCAAAAUGGAAGACCGGAAGAGGCCUGCCGCACAAGAUAACAAUGACUCUGCUCCGCCGCUGAAAAAGCAGGCGACCACCGUCAACGGUGGCAGCAAGCCUCAUCCGGAUGCAGACAUGCCCUGGAAAGAUGAUUUGGAGCGAUACCAAAAAGAUGCGAUAUUGCGCCAGAUGCACGAGUACAGGCGGGAGAAGUCAACAUUGGAGUCACGGUUGAAUCAGAUGUCGAAGAAUACGGCGCAUCAUAAUGACCAUCUCCGUGUGAUCGACGCGUGGUUCAAUCAAUUGAUCGACGAAACGAAAUUACUUUUGGGCUCUGCGCAAGAUAAGGGUAAAGAGCGCACCUUCCAGAGCUCGCUACAGUUCGAGGACGUCGAAAGCUUUGAGAAGCAUUUGAAAUCCCGAUCUGAAGAUAUACGCGAGAUUAUUUCUCAGCUGCAAGCCCACUCAGCUAGUGGACCACCCGAAGUGUCAGAGGUACAAACUCAACUGGCCAAGAAACUGGCGGAAGAGAAGGUCACCAUAUCCGAGCUGGAGAAAGCCCUGGCCGAAAAGCAGCAGCUGGAGGAGAGCCUGGAGGCUGCCUCGUUGCGAUAUAUGGUCGCCGAGAAGAAACUCGACCGCGCGCGGAGCUUGACAGUUGCCAAGUUGGAAAAACAAUUUCUCAUGGGUGGGCAGCAGAAACCUGCUGCCGAGGGAACACAGACAAAGCGGGAAGAAUCAUCCCCCGUCAAUGGGGGGACCCCUGUCCCAGAUCGCAAUCCUGAGUUAGAAGAGGCGAAUAGCAGGCUCACGGCGGUAUCGGAAAAGCAGAAGGAACAGCUGCAAAAACUGGAGAGUGAAAAUGCCAGUCUCCUUGGCCAGAUCACCGAAGUCAAAAUCAAGUAUUCAAAGCUCACGGACGACGAUUACGCGCAUACGGAUCUCUUCAAACAAUUAAGAUCACAGCAUGACGAUGUAGUCAAACGGAUCAACCAUCUUGAAGCGACGAAUGUACAACUGCGCGAGGAAGCCGAGAAGUACCGAUCGGAACGGGUUGCGUACAAGAUUCAGAUCGACGAAGAGGCUCAGGGGACGAUUGCCGAGAAAGAAGCGCAGUUGGUACGGGCCGAAACGGAUUUGGCGCGGAUAAGAAACGCUCGCGACGAGCUGCUGGCCGAUCAACAGAUGCGAAAAGCCGCUCAGGACCAAGAGAAGACCGCAGGUGUCAAACUACAAGAGUUGGCAGAAGCUCGCGAGGCUCGGAUCACCGCUUUAGAGUCGGAAGUUGAACGACUGCGUUUGCAGGUGGAAGGUUCCAAGCCGGCCGACAACGUGGGAGACAUGCCUCUCGAGGAGCUGCGUGGCAAAUACACCAGCUUGGAACGGCAAUAUUCCAUGCUCAACACCGAGCUGACGUCCAUGCAAACAGCUUACAAGAAAUUCUCGACUUUGGCAUCGCAGAAAGUGACCGAUUUUGGCGCUCUCGAAGAAAAGGUGGCGCGCUUGACAGCAGAGAAGUCCAAAGCAGACCAGAAGUACUUUGCGGCGAUGAAGAGCAAAGAGGCCCGGGAUGUUGAGGUCCGCACUCUUCGAAUGCAGAAUUCGAAGACCUCCGACAUUGUCUCGCAGUUGAAAGAGUCGGAAGCAGCAACACGUUCUUUGGUCUCCAACCUGGAGAAGCAAGCAAGUGAGACCAGGGAGGCUCUGAAAUCGGCCAUCGACACGCAUCGAGCCAUAGAACAGCGACUGACGGAAAGCAACAUUGUGAUUGACGGCCUGAAGGCUCAGGUUUCCGAUCUCAAGGCCCUGGCGGUUUCCAAGGAUGCGACUUUGUCAAGCACUGCUUCUGCUCUGCGUCAAUCGGAGACGGAGAUUGAGAGUUUGAAGCAAUCGCUUUCAGAUACCAAGAAAAACAUGGAGAAUUGGAAGACUAAGAGCCUGGGCAAUUCAUCCUCUGAAUACGAAAUGCUGCGGACACUCGCGCUGUGCACGGUCUGUCGUCGGAAUUUCAAGAACACUGCAAUCAAGACUUGUGGCCAUGUGUUCUGCAAGGACUGCGUCGAGGAGCGUCUCACCUCGCGCUCGCGCAAGUGUCCCAACUGCAGCCGGUCUUUCGGCGCUAACGACUACAUGCACGUUACCCUUUGA